AUGGCUCUGAUGCCGGUGAAGUUCGACCUGGCCAAGCGGGUGAAGCUGGCACAGGGACUGUGGCUGGCGUACUGGCUCUCCGUCAUGGCGGGCAUCCUGGUGUUCAGCAUGGGCCUGUUCUUCAAGGUGGAGCUACGCAAGCGCAGCGAGAUGAUGGACAACAACGAGAGCCACUUCGUGCCCAACCUGCUGAUCCUGGCGGGCCUGCUGGCGUGCGGCAUCAACGCCUUCGGCGGCAAGGUGUGUCACGACUCGCUCGACCCCGCCAAGUUCGCCAAGUGGAGGCCGAUGCUGAAGAACUACCUGCUGGGCUGCGUGGCGUUCAACGUGCUGCUGUUCGUAGCGGCGCUGCUGUGCUUCCUCAUGCAGUUCCAGCUGUACUUCGCUCUGGCCGAGGGGCUGCGCUACAGCAUCAGGUUCUACAAGGACACGGACACGCCGGGCCGAUGCUUCAUGAAGCGCACGCUCGACAUGACCCAGAUCGAGUUCCGCUGCUGCGGGAACAACAACUACAGGGACUGGUUCGAGGUGCAGUGGGUCAGCAACCGCUACCUGGACUUCAGCAACGAGGACGUUAAAGACCGUGUGCUGAGCAACGUUGAGGGGAAGUACCUGAUGGACAGCGUGCCGUUCAGCUGCUGCAACCCCGGCUCCCCGCGGCCGUGCAUCCAGCACCACCUGACCAACAACACGGCGCACUACGACUACGACCACCACACCGAGGAGCUCAACAUCUGGACCCGCGGCUGCCGCGAGGCGCUCGUGUCCUACUACGGGGGCAUGAUGAACAGCAUCGGGGCCUUCCUCCUCCUCGUCAUCUGUCUGGAGGUGACGGUGAUGGUGGGCCUGAAGUAUCUGACCACGUCGCUGGAGACGCUGGCCAACCCCGAGGACCCGGAGAGCGAGAGCGAGGGAUGGCUGCUAGAGAAGAGCGUCAAGGAGACCAUGGCAGAGGUCACGGCCAAGGUCAAGGCCCUGUGCAACAGGAACCAGGUGGAGGGGGAGGAGCCUGCCGCCGCGAGCUGA